CACCAGUCAACCUGGCGGCGAGAUCGCCUUAAAUUUGCAGCGAUGGCCGACGCAUGGGACCCGACGCCGGCCGAGAAGGUGUACACGUGGACGCUCAUCGUGAUGUGCUUGAGCCUCAUGCUCUUCCUCCUCGUGAAGCUCGGCCAUGGCUUCCGCAACAAGAGCAAGAAGCUGUCGUGGGCCACGUGCUUUGACUGCAUCUGCCUCCUCUGGACCAUCGUCCGCGUCAGCUUUUGGAUGUCGCUCGAGCUCCGCGACCACAUGACGUACCUCGAGCUCUACCUCCUCUAUUGGUUCCCGACGCCGAUCCAGUUUGCCAACUUUGCGCUCCUCGUGCUCUUCUACAUCCAGGUCAUCACGGGCUCGGCGUGGCACUCGACGUGGCGCAAUGUCUGCGUGCCCUUGUACCUCUUCAUGACGCUCUGCAUGGCUGCGUUCACAGCGAUCUGGGCCUUUACGUCCAACUCGAGCCUCGAAGACGCGUUCAAGUACGGCGACCAGUACGACCAAGAAAUGUACAAGAUCUCGGCGGUCAAGACGCAGCUCGAGUACUCGUCGAUUUCAUUCUUCCUCCUCUCGUUCCUCUUCGCCUUCUUUGGGUGGAAGCUCGCACACGUGCGCGACUCGACGCGCCACCGCCUCCUCAUCUCCAAGCCGCGGAGCGUUGCGAUCUUCAACUCGCUCCUCUUCGUCAUCUUCUUUACGCGCUCGAUGCGGGACCUCGCCACGUCCCAGAACUGGCUGCGCUUCAGCGUCCUCAAUCCCGUCGACCAGUUUGGCCAGAUCACGAGUUUCUCGUAUUUCAUUCUGUUUGUCGUGUGGGACUUCUUACCCACCGUGUUGCUGCUGCUCCUCGUCUCGACCGAAGCGGGCGGCGUCGGCCCGCCGCGCCACAACAAGGCCCACGACCGGCAACUGCCCGACUUUGGCAUCUUCCAGGUCAUCAAGACGGGCCACGUGGCCGAGCGUGUCACUUCCGAGACGUCGCACCUCGCAGCGAGCCCGAAGCGCGAGUACGGUGCCCGCACGACGCCCAUCAACGUGGCCGACCAGCAAAAGUCGCGCUGGACACGGGGUGGGGACUUGUUUCAGGACCCGCUGCGGUACGACUCGGACGACGGGAAUGGCGCGACGCCCACGUACGUCAACAGCCUCAAUAGCGAGAGCUCUCUCUCGGCCACGAGCUCGUACGACCGCGCGUCGAGCUACACGCCGCUAUAAUUUUUAAACCAGUACAAACCGCAUCCAUCUCGA